AGAGAGAGACUGUGGAGUCUUGAUAGGAGUUGCGGGGAGAGAGAGAGAGAUGGGGAAGAAAUGGUGGACGAUCGGAGUGGCGGUGGCGAUAGUCGGAACGGUGAGGGAGGUGAGCAAGCAAUACGGGUGGGACAAGGACGCUUUGAUCAAGGUCUUUGCUGAAUUGUCUGAUCGCUUAGGGGUUUGGGCAAUCCCAAUCUACGUCGCCAUCCACACUCUCACUCUCGCUCUCUGUUUGCCCUACGCCGUCUUCUUCGAGGCCGCCGCUUCUAUGCUCUUUGGGUUUUUCCCCGCGGUGCUCUGCGUCUUCGCCGCCAAGCUCCUCGGCGCUUCCCUCUCAUUCUGGAUCGGCAGGUUGAUAUUUAAGAGUUCAACUUCAGCAAUGGAAUGGGUACAGAAAAACAAGUACUUUGCUGUACUCUCCAGAGGAGUUGAGCAGGAUGGUUGGAGAUUCGUGCUUCUUGCUCGCUUCUCGCCAAUGCCUUCCUAUAUUAUAAACUAUGCCCUAGCUGCGACGAAAGUUCGGUUUGUUGUGGAUUUCUUGCUCCCGACAGUUAUUGGAUGCAUGCCGAUGAUUUUACAGAACACGUCGAUUGGCAGCUUGGCUGGUGCUGCUGUUUCUUCAGCCGCUGGCUCCCAGAAAUCAAAAGUUUGGUCAUACCUUUUUCCUGUACUAGGAAUUAUGUCGAGCAUUCUUAUUUCCUUGAGAAUUAAGAAGUACUCUACUGAAAAAUUAGUGACUGAAUCGUCUCCCAUCCCCAGUGAGCAUUCACACGACUCUAAUAACAGCAAUGACUCUAAUAACAAGGACCUGAAAAAGGGUCAAUAGUCGAUACUUUUCCUUCUGCCAGUAAUAACUGAUAAACCUUUAAACUCCAUUUAGUGUUUUGAUCGUCUCUCAUUGCUCGAUGUUAUGUUGUCGAGAUUACUUAUAGCUAUAGUCUAUCAUUGGAUGAUCUGCUAUUUUGAUCUCAAUGUUACCAGUCAGGUCUUGUUUCUUCUCCUUCCUAAGGUUCUUUGUUUAUCAUGAUUAGUUAAACUGUAAGAUGGGACCAUGUCAGAGAUCUUAUGCUCUCUCAUCCCUGCACUCUAGCAUAGGAAGAGGAAUGUACCAUAACAAUGUCUACUGCACAGUAAGUUAAAAGAUCUUUCGCUACAUUGUGGCUAUUUUGUAUCA